AUGUCGUUUUGCGCAAAUGACGUUUCUCUUACCGCCAACCUUUCGCUCCCGGGUGCGCUCGAUAAGAUACUUGUCGCCGCUGAUCCGCCUUCUCCAUCGGACCCGUCGUCACCCAGGCCUCCUAACUCUGAUUCUGAAUCUGACUCAGAGGAGCGAGUGACUCCAGCGACCGACCAAGUCUACCAGGAUUGCAGAAACAAGGGGUGCAUGCUCGAGUGGGCGAUGCACCACUCUGACAGCGAUGUCGCCAUUCACUUUGUUCCUCCCCAAGUAAAAGCACAAUCACCCUUCCAGACUGCUCAAGACCUCGAGAAUUGGAACUGGUAUCAGUUCCCUCCGGAUGAAAUUAAUGAAGAAUAUCACGACCUGGACAACGAGUAUUGGGGUCUUCAGAAAGUAUUCGAGGGUCUUGUGAUUUCCAAGUACACGAACUUCAACGAGGAAGAGGGCCCUAAUACAGUCCUCAGUAUCGUGCAUGAAGACCCAACUGACGAAGAGGACGUCGACGAACAAAUGUACGUUGUCGACAGCGAGGGGGGUAAAGAGUAUCGGUGCACAGGUGCCGAUUACACUAUGUCCAUCAAUACAAAGGACGGAGUCGUAAUCGGCAUGAACCGCAAAGGCCCUAUGCAGGCAGGCCAGGAACGAGUUCCACCCCUGACACGAGAUGAUAUGCCGAAACUUCACCAAUUCUCCGACGUGGGUUGGAUCACAUGGAAAACAUUCGCCGAGCAGAAUGGUCAUAAUAUCAGAGGUCUUCGAUAUUUCAUCUCGGUCGCUAUUACCAAUCCACAAACCCGAGCGGUAUGUCGGAAAGUAUUCGUUGACAAGAACCUGGUAUUGACAGGGUGGCCGGGAGAAGUUUUCGGAUCCGGCACGAAUGAGUUUCAUGCCAUUUUGGGCACUCCCAACAUGCGAGGCUAUGGAUACAUGCUGGUUCAGCAUAAAGCCGAUCUGGGCAACAUGUACAUCAAUGCAGUUCGCGUCUUCAAGUGCGAAGGCAAAGGAAGUCUUUGCAUUCUCGCGUAUGCAUACCAGGAGGCACCGGCCGAUCCAGUGGACGAUCCAAUGGACGAAUCAAUGGUCACUUCGGGUGAAGUCAGCAGACGUGAUGAAGGAAGUAGCAUCAUGCGUCUACACAAGAUCUUCGCGAAGCUGUGA